AGCGGAACAACUACGGUUCAUAGCAGCCCCACAUCCCGCAGCUCAUCGUCAUUUAUUAUUCAAACAAAGGCUACGCAAGAUGAUCCCCAAAUGGUGUGGAAAUCGAUUUGGCUUAAUGCUGCUGUUAUUACUGGCUUUGUGCCAAUUAAUUUAUGCCAAAUUGCCAUCUACAAUUAAGCCAUGUGCUCGGGAUGAUCCUCACUUGGAGCGCUGCAUCAUCAAUGCGGUCUACAAUUUGAGGCCACUACUAGUCCAUGGCAGUCUUGGAGAUGGCUAUACAACCCCGCCCCUGGAGCCCUUGGCUCUCGAUAACAUCGAACUAGGCCGAAGUAGCCAGUUUCAAGCUGUGUUUACGGAUCUCGAGGCGACCGGAGGGAGCAACUUUAUCAUUGAUCGCCUUAUAGCGAAACCGUUGGAUAUAUCGUACGAUCUUUGGAUCACACUUCCACGCAUUGACUUUAGGGGACGGUAUUCGAUGCACCUCAAUUUGCUCCUUCUCGACAUAAAGGGAAAGGGAAACAUGCAGGGAUAUUGCGAGAAUGCAAAAGCAUCUGUCAAAAUGCGAGGCACUCGCUAUCUGCGAAAUGGCCAAGACUAUGUUAAGUUCACCAAGAUGACCAUGCGGAUCGAAUUCAAGGACUUCAAAUUGAAUCUAGAAAACUUGUUUAAUGGCGAUCGGAUUUUGGGAGAAGUCGGCAAUGCGCUUAUCAACAACAAUCAGGACUUGUAUCUGAAUGAGAUAGUGCCUGGUCUGGAGCAUGGUCUUUCCAAAAAGUUUCUAGAUGUGGCAAAUGAAAUCCUGGCCACUGCUACCUUCGAUGAAAUGUUUCCGCCAGGGAGGACCGUGAUCAAUCCCAUUACGUUCCCUUCGCGGCUGCCACCGACGGGACUCGGCCCAGCUAUUUUUGAACCGCCGUUCGUUUCAAAACAUCCCGAUGGUGAAAUAUUUGGUCAGUUAGCACCAAGAAAACACCAGACCACGUAGCGUUUAUAAUUUUUUAAGGAUAAGUAGAGAGAUUUUAAAAUAUUAAUAUAUGA